GUCUCCUCCACUAUCCCCACAGAGGUUCCCCUUCUCCUUCCUUCCUUCGCUUCCUUUUUUUCCCCUGUCGCCGGCGGCGAUAGGGUCCCGUUUUUCUUGCUUCGGCGGGCUGUAAAUGCUUCCGGUCCUCUCCGGCGGUCCAGAUCCGGCGGUGACCGUGCUCCUGUUCGUUCUCCUGGUCUUGAUUCGAUUGGGAGGGGAAGGGGUUCCUUCGGUCUUGGGAAAUUCGAAGACAUGCCUGCGCUCUACGCUUAUUACGGAGAUGGCGGGUGCCUCGUCUCGGCGCCGGCUGAGCUGGCCGGGCUCUUCUGCCGCGGCGCCGUGCAGCAGCGGAAGCGCACGCUGGUGACCGCGUCCGCGGUCGCCGCGGCGGCGGCCGAGUUCGUGAGGGCGGCCAAGAAGCAGAGGCAGCUGCCGCUGCCGUCGCUCGACGCGCUCCCAGACGAGUGCCUCUUCGAGAUCCUGCGCCGCGUGCCCGGCGGCCGCGGCCGCGGCGCCUCCGCCUGCGUCUCCCGCCGCUGGCUCGCGCUCCUCGGCAGCAUCCGGGCCUCCGAGCUCGGCCAGGCCGCGGCGGCGGCGGCGGACACCCCGUCGCUGCCCGACCUGAACGAGGAAUUCGUCAUGGAGGAGGAUAAUGAGGAGUCCCCCGCGGAUCGGUGCGUCGACAGGGUCCUAGAGGGCAAGGAGGCCACCGACGUCCGCCUGGCCGCCAUGGCCGUCGUCGCCGGAUCCCGUGGCGGGCUGGAGAAGCUCGCCGUCCGCGGCAGCCACCCGACCCGUGGCGUCACGGACCAAGGACUGUCGGCGGUUGCACGCGGCAGCCCCAACCUCAGCUCGCUCGCGCUCUGGGAUGUGCCUCUUAUCACCGAUGCUGGGCUCGCGGAGAUUGCUGCCGGGUGUCCCUCGCUCGAGCGUCUGGAUAUCUGUCGAUGUCCCCUCAUCACAGACAAGGGCCUCGUCGCUGUUGCGCAGGGGUGCCCCAACUUGGUGUCUCUGACCAUUGAGGCAUGCCCCGGUGUUGCCAAUGAGGGCCUGAGGGCGAUUGGCCGCAGCUGCGUGAAGCUGCAAGCUGUGAACAUCAAGAACUGCCCUCUUGUUGGUGACCAAGGCAUUUCCAGCCUGGUGUGCUCUGCUACCGCUGCUCUUACAAAGAUCCGGCUCCAGGGAUUGAACAUAACUGAUGCUUCGCUUGCUGUGAUUGGAUACUAUGGGAAAGCCAUCACUGACCUUACACUUACUCGUCUCGCUGCUGUUGGUGAGAGGGGUUUCUGGGUGAUGGCUAAUGCUGCUGGCCUGCAGAAUCUCAGGUGCAUGAGUGUUACCUCUUGCCCUGGAGUCACCGAUCUUGCGCUUGCUUCUAUUGCCAAGUUCUGCCCGAACUUGAAGCAGCUGUACCUCAGGAAGUGCGGAUAUGUGUCAGAUGCUGGCCUCAAGGCGUUCACAGAAUCAGCAAAGGUGUUUGAGAACUUGCAUCUCGAGGAAUGCAACCGGGUUUCUCUUGUCGGUAUUCUUGCUUUCCUCCUCAACUGCAGAGAGAAGUUCAGGGCUCUAUCGUUGGUGAAAUGCAUGGGGAUCAAGGAUAUCUGCUCUGCGCCUGCACAACUUCCUCUUUGCCGAUCACUUCGUUUCCUUACAAUCAAGGAUUGCCCAGGUUUCACCGAUGCAAGCUUGGCUGCGGUGGGGAUGAUUUGCCCUCAGUUGGAGCAGGUUGACCUGAGUGGUCUUGGUGAGGUCACUGACAACGGGCUUCUUCCAUUGAUCCAGUCUUCUGAAGCUGGUCUGGUCAAGGUUGACUUGAGUGGUUGCAAGAACAUUACAGAUGUGGCUGUCUCCUCCCUGGUGAAGGGACAUGGAAAAUCUCUGAAGAAAAUCAACCUUGAGGGUUGCAGCAAGAUAACAGAUGCUAUCCUCUUCACCAUGUCUGAGAGCUGCACCGAGCUUGCGGAGCUUAAUCUUUCAAACUGCAUGGUUAGUGACUACGGUGUUGCCAUCCUGGCAUCUGCAAGGCACCUCAAGCUCCGUGUUCUCUCACUGUCAGGCUGCUCUAAGGUUACUCAGAAGAGCGUGCUGUUCUUGGGCAACCUUGGCCAGUCUAUAGAGGGCCUCAAUCUUCAGUUCUGUGACAUGAUUGGCAACCACAACAUUGCAUCGCUGGAGAAGAAGCUCUGGUGGUGUGACAUCCUUGCAUAGGCAGACAAGAUGGUCCAUUGCUGGAAGGGCUCAUGUCUAGUCUACUGGGAGCCACCUCCAGAUGCAGAUAUACGACCGUAGCAGUAGCACAACCAGGUGAUCUUCAGGUUUUUGGCUCGCAUGCGAUGCGAGUGAUGAUGGUGGGCUUCCGCAUUGUUCAAGGACCAGUUGUUUUAGGGGGUGCUUUCUAGUCAAGUGCUCGUUUUUCACAGAUCACCUCUCGGGAGGUUUAUCUGUUUUUUGAGCCUUGGCUGCCAUCACUGGCAUCCUGCCCCUCGAUCCAGACACUGGUCCUUGCCUUAUAGUCAUAUAAGGUUUUUUAGGUUGCCAUAGUGUCCAAGUCCUUUUUCGUUUUACUGCUUCCUGGUUAUGAAGUUGCAGGCAUCCGUGAUCCAUUGGCAGCUCUGGACUAUCACAAUUCUAACUCAAGAACCAGAUGCUGGUGUCAUCUUUUCCAGGGCUGCUGAUGCUGGAGCGUCUGUGGAUUUGUGCAGUGUGUUUGGUUGUCGAGUUUUGAGUUUGUUUUUAGUCUUGAUGUGUUGUGUGCUGUUCAUGUUCUCCAUGGUGUGUAAGGGUCAUGUAGGGUUGCAUCUUUUUUACAGUCUCUCUGGGAUGCUUGGUGUUCAUGGUGAUCUUGGCCAAUGCUAGGCGCAUACUAGAAGCCUUGCCUUGACAACCUUUUAUGGUUUUUUUGCCAGAUCCCUAUUUUUACAAGCAGAUUGUUGAGUGCUGUAAGCUUGGCGACCCUCUUUGAAUAAAUGAAAUAUGUGUUUAUGUUG